AUGAGAUUCGUAGGCCUAGUGAACAGGAUAUUCAGACACAGUGAUAGUAUGACCGGUAGGCCUGGACAACAGCUUGCCUCUGGAGCGAGAGCAAGGAUUCAGGGCAUGACGAGCUUUCUGUCUGCCGAGGAGAAGAGGAAAGAGGAAGAGAUGUUGAGGAAGAUCAAGGAACAUGGAUUGAAGUUGUGCACCAAGGAGAAGCAAGAGGAGAUGACUAAGGCGCAGGCUGGUGUGCGAUGCAUGUGCACACAUUUGGGGAAGAGAGGAGGAUAG